AUGGAGCCUCCGCCGAAGCGACGGAGGGUGGACGAGUCCCUCGCAAAUUCGGAGGACAGGAGGUCAGACGAUGCACCAAGGGCUGCAUUUCCCAGUCAAUUGUCCAGCAUUUUUGACGGUACCGGUAUUUCGAACUCGCACGGCGAGUUCCAUGUUGGACGCGACGUGUUCGUUACGAAUAACAACAUCCAUUCGCCUUCGGUCACACCAACGGAUACCCGGCGGACACUUCUCGAGUCACUACGGUUCGACCAGAUCGAUGCGCGGCGUCAGAGCAUAAAGACUGCCCACUCCAACACUUGUCGCUGGUUCUUACAAACCGAUACAUUCAAGAAGUGGGAGGAGAAUUCGCAGGAUGGUAACUUUCUGUGGAUCAAGGGCAAACCCGGAGCUGGGAAGUCAACCCUCAUGAAGUUUCUUCUCAGCGAGAUUUCCAAGAGAGUCCGCCGAACGGGCAAAAAAGAGGCUCUCAUCUCUUUCUUUUUCAAUGCUAGAGGGCAUGGAUUAGAAAAAUCAACUGCUGGCUUGUACCGCUCCCUAGUACUCCAACUGCUAGACAUGAAGCCCGAAUCACAGCAUAUCCUAGACCAGUUCCGACCGGGUCACCACUGGACUAUUGAUUCGCUAAAGUUUGUCCUAGAGGAAGCUAUGCAAGACCUCGAAGAGACUCCAAUUAUCUGUCUCAUUGACGCAUUGGAUGAGUGCGAUGAGGACCAGGUUCGAGACAUGGUCUUAUUUUUGGAGUCGCUUGUCAAUAUCCAUGUUUUGUUACACGUCUGCUUUGCUAGUAGACAUUACCCACGCAUCACGAUACAAACAAGGCUUAGCAUCGUUCUCGAGGAGCGCGAUGGCCACUACCAAGACAUCACGACGUAUCUUAGUAGCGCGUUACGAAUUGGUCACAGCAAGGGUGCCGAAGACAUACGAUUCAAGUUGCAGGAGAAGGCACGGGGCGUUUUUAUGUGGGUUGUCCUUGUGGUAGGCAUCCUAAAUAAGGACUACGAUACCGGGGACGCGCACAAGCUUGCCCACAGAAUCCAGGAGCUUCCCGGGGAUCUUCACUCGCUAUUCCGCGACAUAUUAACUCGCGAUACUAAGAACCGUGAAGGUCUCUUGCUAUGUAUUCAAUGGAUAUUGUUUGCCAAGCAGCCUUUAACGCCGAAACAAUUAUACCUUGCCAUCUUAACUGGAUUGGAACCGGAAUACCUGUCCAAUUGCCACUCCGGUGCUUAUGGGAAUGGGGUGGCCACAAAUUAUAUACUAGACAAGUCAAAAGGACUGGCUGAAGUGACAAGAUCCAAGACCCCAACUAUCCAAUUCAUACAUGAGUCGGUAAAUGACUUCCUACAGAAAGAGAAUGGUAUGAUUGGCUUGUUUCCUGAGCUGGGCCCUAAUGUCACGGGACGAAGUCACGAAACGCUUAAAGCUUGCUGCUUAACAUAUAUGACCAUGGAAGCAGUCCUUGCUAUCGAGCAGUCAUCUGAGCAAUCCCGGCGCGAAGAAGCGAUUCGAGCGUUUCCGCUACUGGAGUAUGCCAAUUCAGGUUUCCUUUAUCAUGCGGAGCAAGCGGGAAGUCAUGGCAUCAAUCAACAACAUUUCCUAGCCACGUUUCCACGGGUUGAGUGGGUGCGACAUUACAACAUCCUCCAGAAAUUUGCGACACGUCGGUACACGCUUGACGUCACCCUCUUGUACAUGUUGGCUCACGCAGGGCUUCCAAUACUUAUUCAAGCUCACUCGACCCGCCAAUCCUGUUUUGAGAUCGAAGCCGAGCGCUACGGGGUUCCAAUUUUGGCAGCCUGUGCUAUGAAGCAGGGGCCGACUGUGUUAGCGAUGCUAGAACUCCAGGCGGCAAGGGUCCCGGAGUUUGAUUUCCAAGACUUCUCUAAGCUACUCAUCGAUCGCGGUAGCAACAUUGAAGCUACUGAUAAUUGGGGAAAGACUGCCUUGCACGUCGCAUCUUCCCAGAAUAGAGUUGAGGUCGCCAGGCUCCUCAUCUAUAGCGGUGCCAAUCUAUCAGCUACUGAUAUUCUUGGACAAACACCCUUACACGACGCGGCCCCGAAGCAGUCAGCUGCUGUGGCCAGACUCCUACUUGACAGCGGUGCCAGUGUAUCAGCUAUUGAUAAUCACGGAACAACACCAUUACACCACGCGACCCGGACUCAGUCAGCUGCUGUGGCCAGACUCCUACUUGACAGCGGUGCCAGUGUGUCGGCUACUACCAGUGACGGAGAAACACCAUUGCACAGAGCGGCAGGAUCUUGGGCGCAGGCAGAUAGAGUAAUCAAGCUCCUUAUCGAAAGGGGUGCUGAUGUGUUGGCUGUCAAUUACGCCGGCAAGACACCAUUGCAUAUGGCAGCGGCCCGGGGAAGUCAUAUUGAAAUGGCCCAACUUCUUAUCGGUAGUGGAGCCAACGUUUUUGCUACAGACAAGAACGGACGCACAAUACUACAUGACCUGGCAAAGUCAUACCAAGGACGUGAACUUGAAAUGGCGAAGUUUCUGAUCGAUAGCGGUGCCAGUGUAGUUGCUACUGAUAAGGAGGGAAAGACGCCAUUACUCGAGGCUUCUUCAAAGCACGACUCAAAUUUGGCCAACUUACUGCUUAAUCGCGGCGCCAAUGCAUCGACUGCCGAUAACGACGGAAAUACACCAUUGCACGUGGCUUCCUUGAACGGGCACGUGGAAAUAGUCAGUCUACUGCUUGAGCAUGGUGCUAAUGUGUCGGUAGCCAACAAGGAUGGCAAUACGCCGUUCCUCGUAGCUUCAUCAAGUGGCCAGGCGGACAUAGUCAAUCUACUACGUAAGCGCGGUGGUACGGGUGUGACGAACAGCAACAGUUAG